AAUUGAAACAUCAUUACAUCGUUUUAAUGAAGUUGUCGAUAUUGCACGUGAACAAAAUCUACGCAUACGUGGUUAUGUAUCUUGUGCAGUUGGUUGUCCUUAUGAAGGAAAAGUUAAGCCAUCACAAGUUGUACCUCUCGUUGAAAAACUAUUAAAUAUGGUAUCACUUGGUGAUACGAUUGGUGUUGGUACACCAAACUCUAUUCAUGAAUUACUUAAAGAAAUACAAACAAGUGGUAUACCAUCAAAUAAAUUAGCUAUGCACUGUCAUGAUACAUAUGGACAAGCUAUAGCUAAUAUUACUAAAUCAUUAGAAAUGGGUAUACGUUGUAUUGAUUCAAGUGUUGCUGGUCUUGGUGGAUGUCCAUAUGCUAAAGGUGCAACAGGAAAUGUAGCUACAGAAGAUGUUCUUUAUUUAUUAGAAGGACUUGGUUAUGAAACCGGUGUUGAUCUUAAUCGUUUAAUUGAUGCUGGCCAAUUUAUUACGGAUGCAUUGAAACGAGAAAAUUUAUCAAAAGUUGCCCGAGCAAUUUUAUGUAAACGACAAGAUGAAACGAAAACAACAGUGAAGAGCAAAACAGUCUAA